AUGUCAAAAUAAUAGCAAUAGCAACUCUCUUAUAUAUGCAAAGAUUCACAAAACCAAAAGGGUCAAGGUCAAUCUUAUCGAAGAGUAUAUAUGAAUGAUCUUAUCAUUAGAUGAAUAACAAUCAAAACAACUUCGAUGAUAAAAAUGGUUAGAAUCAAAAAAAAUAAAAUAAAUACAAUAGAAGAAACAAUUCAUAAGAAAAACAAUAGAAUUGGCAGAAUCCCUAAUCUUAAUCUGUUAUAGGUACCUAUUCAAGUAAUUUUAUCAAGCAAGAGCUCAAAUUAAUCAACCCUUGAAUAAAAUUUAUGAUUCUUAGACACUAAUUUCUGCAUUUCAAGAAAAUCUUUAACCUCCUAAAGAAUUUGAAGAAUUCAUAGAAAACAUUCCCCAUUUAUUUUCUAAAGUUUCUUAGAAACCUUUAAUUUCGUCUUAAACAUUAUUCAUCCAAAGUGAUGAUGAUGAACCACAAUGGAUGCAAUCUAAUGACAAUUUCUAGAUCUUAGAUAUCGAAAAUGAAAUCGAAAAAAAGAGAAUAGAAUAUUAAAAAUAGCAUGGAACAUAUGAGAAAAAGCAAGAGUAAAAAUCCAAAAAGCAAAAUGAAGUCAUUUAAGAAGAAAUAUCAGAACUUUAAUAGGCCAAAGAAAAGUAUCGAUAAUUGAGAGAAUAAGAGGAAAAACAAUUGUAAGUCGCCAAUGAAACCAAAGCAAAAUUAUAAGAAUUAUUUAGCUACUCAGAAUUGGAACAACCCAAGAGUGCGAAUCCCUCCAUUAAUUCAUAGGUGCUAUCAGUAGAAGAAGUUGAAAAAUAAGUAUUAGCUUCUACCAAUAAUAAAUAUAAAGAUAUCAUCAAAGUUGAACAACCUCAACAAAAGCCAGAGAAUUAUUUUAGUAAUUUCAAUAACAAUGAAACCGAUGACUUUUUUGAAUAAUUGGAAGAAAUGGGAAUACAUAUUCAAAGAAAAUAACAAGUACCUUUAUAACCUACUGUCAAAAUUUCAAGGGACAAAAUUAAAACCACUCCAUUUUCACUACAAGCCUAAUUACAUUCAAGAUCUGCAAAAGAAUCUUUGUGGUAUUAUAUUGACGAUUUUGGAAAAGUACAAAUAAUUAUCAUUUUAGAUAUAAGGAGCAUUUACAACUGAAAAUAUGGAUCAAUGGUUUUAGCACAAAUACUUGAAAGCCAAGUUAAAUAUCUCUUGGGAAGUCCCUGGAAAGUGGAUUACUUUAGAAUAAUAUUUAAUUAAUUUAGAUCAAAUUGAAAAAAAACUAUUAGAUCCAAAAGGUGCUAUGGAUCCACUAACACUAAAAACUAAUAUAAAUAAUAUUAAUAAUAUUCAAUUAAAUAAUCUAUAGCAAUUGCAAUAAAUGAAUGCAUUUAAUAUCAAUAGCUUUCAAAAUCAAUAGAUGAAUGCCUAUUAAUAUUAAGUUAAUAAUAAUUAAUAUCAGCCAUAUCAAACUCAACAAAUGAAUAACUUAAAAAACAAUGUAAAUAAAAAAAAAAAUAAUAAUGCAAACAAUAAUAAUGGUAAAGCGCAAUAAUAUAAUAAAUAUGAUUAUCAAAAAAAUAAUUAAUCAUUAUAUUGA